AUGGCUCAAACGACUCCAAAUCAUACACAGACUGUUUCUGGGUGGGCAGCUCACGAUUCCUCCGGCAAGAUUACCCCUUUCAUCUUCAAACGAAGAGAAAAUGGGAUCAACGAUGUGACCAUAGAGAUCUUGUACUGUGGAAUUUGCCACACAGAUCUCCACCAUGUUAGGAAUGACUGGGGCAUUACCAUGUAUCCAGUAGUCCCCGGGCAUGAGAUUACAGGGGUGAUUACGAAAGUUGGAAGCAACGUGAAGGAAUUCAAGGUAGGAGAUAGAGUGGGGGUGGGAUGCUUGGCAGCGACAUGUUUGGAGUGUGACUUCUGUAAAGACUCCCAGGAGAACUACUGCGAUCAGGUCCAGUUCACCUACAAUGGCAUCUUCUGGGAUGGUAGUAUUACCUACGGUGGUUACUCCAAAAUGCUUGUCGCAGAUCAUAGGUACGUGGUUCACAUACCAGCGAACCUGCCAUUGGAUGCAACAGCACCGCUAUUGUGCGCUGGGGUGACUGUGUUCAGCCCCAUGAAAGACCACAAUCUACACCAAGCACCAGGGAAGAAGAUAGGGGUCGUCGGUCUGGGAGGUCUUGGACACGUGGCAGUCAAAUUCGGGAAAGCCUUUGGUCAUCAUGUAACCGUCAUCAGCACUUCUCCGUCCAAAGAGGAGGAGGCUAAAGAGCGUUUGGGUGCCGACGACUUCCUAGUCAGCACUGAUGCACAACAACUUAAGAAAGGCAUGAGGACGCUUGACUUCAUAUUAAAUACGGUGUCUGCUAAGCACUCUCUUGGGCCCCUCUUAGAAUUGCUCAAAGUGAAUGGAACUAUGGUGGUUGUGGGUGCACCAGACCAGCCCUUUGAAUUGCCUUCCUUCCCUAUGAUAUUUGGCAAGAGGGCAGUGAAGGGCAGCAUGAUAGGAGGAAUGAGAGACACAAAGGAGAUGAUGGAACUAUGCGGGAAGCAUAACAUAACGUGUGACAUUGAGGUUACAACACCAGACAAACUCGACGAGGCCUUGGACCGCGUUGCGAAAAAUGACGUUCGGUAUCGAUUUGUCAUUGACAUUGCUGCUGGAUUGCCUUCCAAUCUUUAG